AUGACGGCCAAACACGGCCACGACUGCCCCGGUUACGCUUUAGAGGUCGUUCCAGACGCCCUUCUCUCUCGGGAGACGAACCUGAGCAGCGCGCUGAUUUCCCUCGUCGGCAAGAUCGAUGGCAAGUCCUUCCUCAGAGCCCCUUCGCAGCCCAUAACUGCUCCGGGACGAUUUGCCGAGCAUACCCUAGCUGACCCUCUACACUGUCACUGUGCUCCACUCAGUCGCCAUCAUCGACGGCUCUACCACAUUCCAACAUCAAUGCAAAGCCGCGACGGACCGCGCGAAACACAACGAGCCGAAGCGAGGCCGGCUGUUCCUCAAUGCGAUCAUUCGACACCUCGAGGAGAUCAUUGCAGCGACGGCAAGGCGGAUCCAAGUGGUCGUGGUAUUUGAUCAUCCCAUCCUUCGUUCCGAGCUCAAGCGGAACACCGUGCUCGAUCGCCAAGAUCGCCAGCAGCCGCAACAGCCUUCCGAUAAGUCGACCCCUGUCACCCAUCCCGUCCCCUUCAUCACGAACGACACCCUCGCCGCGUGCCUUCACGGACAAUUGAGCAAAGAAUGGGAGGUCGCUUUUUGCAACGGUGACGAGCCAACCCGAGUCGCCACCUUUGUUCGCUGGUCCGAGCAAGGCUUGCUCGUCGUCGCGGCCCACGAGGCCGAUCCCCUCGUUUCUGUCAGAACCCAAUCAUACUGAUUAUCUUCUAAUUCUAUUUACUUCUCAUGCCACUAUUCCACUCCUACUUUGCACUCCUUCUUUAGCCUAUUACCCUCUACGCCGGAUCCCAGCGCCUGAUCGAGACUCGGUUGACACGUUGGCUUGGGUUGAAGUCGCGCGCCUCGCGGGCACUCGUCUCUCUUCCUUCUUCAUCCAUCUUCCAUCCUCGAUCUUGCGCUCGUACUCAACCCCUUGAGUCGGGAUCCAGUCCUCCAUACUUCUCACAGUUUCGGCGUCGACCAAGUUUGGCCAGAUCUGCGACGUUGCGCUCGAACCCAACCGCGUCGUCCUUGUGAGCGCCGACAGCGACUUUUUCAUGCUUCUCGGCGCCGACCAAGCCCGUUAUCGCGCCGUGCGAUCGGGUAAGGACCGAAAUAUUAGCUUGGUGGACCUUGCCGUGCUCGACGCUCACCCCGCGGUGUGGAAUUCUUGUCAGCGAUUCGUCGCGAGCCUCAUCCUCGGGUGCGACUAUUUCAGGGGCAUCACAGGGAUCGGGCCUACAGGAGUUAGAGAUUUGCCUGGGCAGUGGUUGGAAGCGGCGAUGUGGCAGAGUGGCUGAGAUGGCGCCGCGGGGGGCGUUGAUCAGGAACGUCGACUCGGAGCCGGCGCCGACGGAGAAACGAAUUGAGGACUUCAAGUCCCUUUGCGCCAAGAUCGAUCCUAUCCAAAAUCUGCUGCGCCACUACAAGGACGAGACGUUUGCAAAAGCGACAAAGGCAUCGAUCACCGCUAUCUCGCAAGGGUGCAGGGUGCGAUUCGAGGGGACGCCACACGGAGACCCUUCGAAAGUCUCGCGAUAUGCUUAUGCGCCGAUUCGCCGCAACCCCUUCUCGUCCACCAACCCGGUCCCCUCCACCGGACCUCUGCCCCCUCUUUCGGGUCUACUGACCAUUCAAGAUCCCAAGCUCCAACGUGACCACGCCACGGCGCGACGACGUCAAGCCGAGCAGCCGGCCCGCAUGGGAUCGACGCACAGGCUCGCCGUUCAAGGAACCGUCAGGGCGUCGGACUACCGCUUGGUCGAGCCCGAAUUCGGGGACAGCGCAGAACAGCGCAAUUGCAAGUCCAAUAAUUCAAAGUCGAUCGAAAGGAACAAGGCGACCACGGCCGCCGAAGUACGUGCCCUGUUCUCGAAGCACUCGGACUCGUGCAGCAGUGGCGGCGGCGGCGGCGGCGGAAAAUCUCCUGGCGGAGUUAUCUACAGAAUGUCAGCAAUGACGGGUACGCUCGACGAUCUGGUCCGAGAACCCAUGGCGCCCGGAGGAUUGAGGCAAGGCGCACACCGGGUUCGAAGACCCCCGGCAAGGACGGCAUGUCAGGCUGAGGCAAGCGCACCACCGGCGGCAACUCGGAACCGAGCAAGCUCGCUCGAGCUGAUCAUGGACGUGGACUCGGAUUCGGCUUUGGUUGUCGACGAAUCCGAUUCGCGCAGCUACAGCAUUACAGCAAUGGAGAUUGAUAGGUAA